AAUUUCCUCUAAUCUCGCUCGCCACAGUAUAUAAAAGCCCUAGCCGAGAUUGACUAAACAUCAUUCGCAUCUUCACCGCUUAUGAGUUAACAGCUCUUACAACUAGAUCUGUUAACACGUUCAGUGACAGUAGAUAACUUAACACUUUGACGGCCGCGAAUUUGUUAAUUUUAUAUUUAUUUAUUUAUAUCGUAUCUAAAGUUCGUUAUAGCAUGACAGUUUGGUGAAGAAAAAUUGUGUUGUGUUUUGUUAAUUGGAAGAAUAAUUUAGACUUGUGUUUAGUUUUGGCCGUUUUGGAUCAGUGCGGGUGCAAAAUGAAGAUCGUAUUAGCGUGUACAAUGCUGUUAGCCGUUGCCAUAGCGGAGCCGCCUGUAGAUAAUAGAUAUCUUCCGCCCCAGCAAGGCGGCUACCGAACCACCAAUCAGGACAGCUUCGCGCCGCCCGCCCAGACCUACGGCGCGCCCGCCCCAGGAGUGCAGAGGCAGACCGACGCUGUGUUCAGAUCUCAGAACCGUCCAUCCUCAUCGUACGGAACCCCCGCGCAGGCCCGGCGCCCGUCCAACCAGUACGGACCCCCUGCACGACAAAGCCAGAGUUGCAACUUAAUUAACCAUAAUCAUCUCUCCAUUUUCAGCAGGCCAUCAGCACAAUAUGGAGCGCCGUCUCGGCAGCAAAACGCUCCGUCCAACCAGUAUAACGCACCAUCAAGCCAGUACAACGCUCCGUCCAACCAGUACAACGCUCCGUCCAGCCAGUACAACGCUCCGUCCAGCCAGUACAACGCUCCGUCCAGCCAGUACAACGCUCCGUCCAGCCAGUACAACGCUCCGUCCAGCCAGUACAGCGCACCGUCUAGCCAGUACAACGCACCGGAGCCUUCGCAACAAUAUGGUGCCCCGUCUCAGCAAUACUCCGCCCCAUCCCAGCAGUAUGGCCCGCCUGGCUCUGGCUCAGGCCGCCUCGGCUCAGGCUCAGGCCAAGCCCAGUCCAGACAGUACCUGCUUCCUAACGCAAGGAGUAAUGGUUAUGAUGGUAGCGACGGAGAGGGCAAUGGGGAGCCAGCCAACUACAGCUUUGACUACAAAGUCCAGGAUGACGAGUCUGGCAAUGACUUUGGACACCGCGAGUCCCGCAUGGGAGAUAGGACCGAGGGACUCUACUAUGUGCUGUUGCCCGAUGGCAGGAAACAGACGGUAGAAUACGAGGCAGACCAAGAUGGCUACCGCCCCAAGAUCUCUUACGAAGACACCGGCCGCGGGCAAGGAGGCUACGACAGCAACAGCCAGGACCUGUCAGCUAGCGGCUACCAAGGAGGAUCCGGCCCUUACUAACACUUAUGUGACCUCUUUGCUGAUAGAUUCGGUAGUUUGCAUUUUUCUCAACGGUGCUUUAGUUCUUUCCAGCCAGUGCUUAUUUCUGUUUUGUUUUUGUGUUUGGAGUUUUAUGUGUUAUGCUUAUUCUGAGAUCUCUUGCUUUUGUAUGGUUUUUUAUUUUAAUAAUACUUGUAUGUCUUUGAUUAACCUAAUUAAUGGAAUCUAUAUCUGUGAUUUUAAUAUAAUAUUUAAUCCAUCUUGUCAUCAUAUAUUACCUACAUAAAAUAUUAUUAUAACGACACUUUAAGCAUUCUUUGUAUAUAUUUUAUAUUCUAUAUACAAUUUUUCAAGCCUUGUGCCAUUAUUUUUUGCUCUUCUUCUUCAUUAUACUCGUAGAUAAUCGACAACCGUGGCCAUGUAAAAGGAUUUUUGUAUCAUAUAACAUUUAAUCUAAUAACAUUAUGUAUAGUUUAAGUCAGUAUUUCAUAGCAUAAAAUAUGUAUAGCCUUUACAUACCUACAUAUUAUAUACUAUACUCAUAGUUGUAUCAUUUAAGAUUAUGGUCAGUAUUACUUUGUAGUUCUUCACUAUGUAUCUGUAUCUCAUACUAGGUACUCAAAGUAAAUGAAUAAUACUCACUAGAUAAAUACAUAACUUCGAUACAUUACUGUUAAUAUUAUACUCUGCCUUGUAAAUGUAGAGUUUAUACAUUUUUCUAAGAAUUUAGAUGAUAAGAUAUUUAAUCAAAUGAAAUAAAAUGUU